AUGCUUGAUUUAAUACUUACUAGGCCUAGACCUGGCAAAGAUCCAGUACGGCUUCUAGUAUCUGAUGAAAUAAGUCAAUACCUUGAUAGUGAACACCAAUCUCGCUUCCUAGCUAUCGCUGCACUUACGCGAGAUGCCCUUUCGUUCCCAGCAACUAGCGUAGGGGUUGAACGUCUGUUCAAUACCGCUCGGGAUAUCUGCCACUAUCGCCGUGGUAGAAUGAAGUCAAAGACUAUUGAAGAUUUGAUGAUGUUCCUUUGUACGUCAAGAUUUGAUAUAGAGGAUAGACUUCGCCAUAAACCGCAAAACCCAUAA